AUGGCAGUGAUCGUUUUAUCUUCGUCGCUUCAAUCAUUUCCUCCAUCGGCGGCAAUCCGUUCAUCGCAUCUCGACUAUUACCUCCGAACUCAACCAUCGGAUCGGAGUUUGUUAUCCUUCAGAAAAUCCCCUUCGUUUCGUAAUGCCGACGAAUGUCUCUCCUCCGGAGUAGAUUCCAGUUCUGUAAUCCUUCGUUGGUACACAUGGCGAUCACACUUGACAUCGAGUACCUACGUGGCUCAAUUGCAGCCGUUAAUUCCAGCCGACAAUUUAAUUAAAUAUUUCUGUACUUACCUCAGAUUUCAAUUAGAUGGGGAGUCAUAUCGUGAGAAUUGGCCCUGUAAAGUGAUGGAUAAGCACAUGAGUAUAUUGACAAAGCAACAUAGUGAGACACGUUUUGCGAAGAUCCAAGCUGAGAAAUGGAUGGAGAAAGUGAUGUGUGUUCGACUGCUUCGUACAUACUUCUGUGUGGGUGAUUUCAAAAUAGGGUCAUAA